AUGCAAAGCCGCAUCAAUAAAGAGCUCCAAGAACUUAGUGUAAACCCUCCAGAAAACUGCGCAGUUUCACUUGUUGGCGACAAUAUUUCUCAAUGGAGAGUAAACCUUUCUGGACCUCAAGGCUCGCCUUAUGAAGGUGGAAACUUCGAGCUUCUGCUUACAAUUCCUGCCAAUUAUCCAUUCAGAGCCCCAGAUGCCAGGUUUGCUACUAGAAUUUACCAUCCUAAUGUAAAGAGUGAUGACGGGUCUAUCUGUACUGAGCUCUAUCAAGCCAACUGGAGUCCAACCAAAAACAUUAGACACAUAAUAGAACUUAUAAUGAGCACCCUCAUCAGUCCAAGCCCUGAACAUGCAGUUGAGCCAGAAAUCGCUCAACAGAUGAUGAACAACUAUGAUGGCUUUGUAGCAACAGCCAGACAAUGGGUAAAUAAUUUUGCUCGCUAA